AUGCCGGCAUCGGUGUCCAGCUCACGAAAUAACAUAUCUUGCAAGUAUUUGCUUGAUAUCAGUAUAACCUUACUAUGGCUGGCCUUUGGAGCUCUGAACUUUACUGAGCGACAAGGGCGUCGUCUUCCAGUCUUCCUUGAUCAGGAAUACGUACCACAAUCACCAGUAGAAAUUGUACUGAGCAUGUACAAAGAGCCCAUUGAUGAAGUGGAAGAGCUCGUCAACAAUCUAAAGAGCAUGCCGGCGCUCUCUGAUGCACGCGUCACAAUCUACAUCAAGGAUGGCGAAGCUAAUAGUACCCACGUUAGACAUCAAACGGGAGCUAAUAAUGCUACCAUACUACCGAAUGUUGGACGGGAGGGCGAAACGUUCUUGAACCAUAUCCUUAAUCAGUGGGAUAGCCUUGCGCGACAGACCAUCUUCCUGCAGGCAGGUAUACACAACCCAAGGGAGUUUUACACCCACAUUAGCAACUAUUACAGUCGCUCACAGACCGGCUUCCUCAAUCUUGGAUUGUCAGGCGCUGUUUGUAAUUGUGAAGACUGUGGCGACAGAUUAUUUUGGAACGAUAAGGCGCACUUGUUUCCACGAAUCUACAAUCGGAUCUACAACUCAACUACCUGCGACAACGUCCUGCUUAGUUACAAAGGCCAGUUCAUAGUAUCUGCUGCACGUAUCCGCGGUGUUGACAAAGAUAUUUACUACGCUCUAUGGAAGGCUUUCGUUGAUAAGGGAAGCUGGGCUCAUCAACCACAGAUCCUGCAAGGGCCAGACUCUAUGAGUGCACCAGAUUUUGGAUACACAAUGGAGAGAAUGUGGAACUUAUUGUUCCAAUGUUCCAAUUCUGACGUAGUGUGGAAGUGUCCUUCGUUGGUAAGCAAAUGGCGAAUUGGGGGUGAUAUUGGUGAUUGUCAGUGCUUCGAUGUGUAG